AUGUUUCAUCCCGAAAAGACAGUUGUCUUGAUCACCGGCGCAAACCAAGGAAUCGGCUACGAGACAGCCAAAAGUCUAGUUCACUCCUCAGCCGACUACCACGUCAUUCUCGGCAGCCGCGACAUCAGCAAAGGUGAGGCGGCAGCUCAAACCCUGCUACAAGCUGGAGCCGGGGACAGCGUAAAGGCAACAAAGGGCACCGCCUCGUCGGUCUCUCUGGACGUGACGGACGAAGUGUCCAUCGCAGCCGCAGUCGAGCAUGUGGCAGCCGACUUCGGCAGGCUCGACGUACUGGUGAACAACGCAGGCAUCAUCUCGACAGCCAGCCCGCCCACGGCCCUGGCGCUCCGGCGCGUCCUCGAGACCAACGUGGUCGGCGCUCUGGCUGUGACUGAGGCGUUUCUCAACCUGCUGCGCAAGGCGGAACACAGGCCGCCGCGCUUGGUGUUUGUGAGUUCAAGCAUGGGAUCCAUCACUCACGCGGCGGACCCGGCGUCUCCGUACUACAGCCCGCACGGAACAGAGUAUCGGACUAGUAAGGCGGCGUUGAAUAUGCUUAUGACUAUGUACUCUGCAAGACUCAAGCCGGAAGGGGUCCUCGUCAUUGGUGCGGAUCCCGGACUGUGCGCCACUAACUUUACGGGUGAUGCUGCGUCGCUGAGGAAUAGAGGGGCGGCGGAACCGGCCGAAGGGGGAAACCGAGUGGCAGCGGUCGUAAAGGGUGAGAGGGAUGUUGAUGCUGGAAAGGUCGUUGGUGUGUAUGGGGUUAGUCCGUGGUAG